UGGAAACAGAUCUUUGAAGAGGUUAGUAGCUCAGAGAAUGAGGAAGGGGAAGAAGACGUCAACAUCAUGGAGGUCGGGGAUUCCCAGCAAGGCAUGGAGGAGUUCAAAGUACAAAAUGUCACUGAUGCUCUCAAAGGAUUAGAAGCGGCUGUAGAUCAAGAUAACACAAUCACAGAAGACAGCAUGCAGCAUGAGAGCCGAAGAAAUAUUUAAUAACAUACGGAAAGCAUUGGAAGGGAAACCUUAUGAAACAAUGGUGUCAAGUUUCUUUGCUAUUGAGAACAGCUUACCGUUCGCAAGGAGCAAUGCUUCUAACAUUAUGAACCAGAUUUUAAAGUUUGCAAAGAGGAUGGUUAGGAAACUACCUUUGAAAUGGUUGCUUGUUCAACAAGAAAUCCAGAAGUUGAAAGUGGAACAUAUCUAUUUACCAACCAAAGAGAUGAUCGCUUUAGUUCAGCGUUGUGGGGUCAAAAUAGAUGGCCAAAUGGUGCUGCUUGAGUAUUUACACGACCUUGGCGAGAUUCUUUUCUUUCCUGAUGACGACGCCUUAAAGGACAUUAUUGUUUUAGAUCUGAUGAAAAUAGUUGACAUGUUUAAAACAAUAAUCACCGUUAUUGAUCCAAAGUUUAUGAAACAAAGCACAGAAAGGCAUGAAGAAGAUUGGACUCGGGAGUCCCAGAGGAGCAUCUGUUAAGACACCUCUGGAAGGACUUCAAUUUUUCAGAUGAGAUGUUUGACUUCUUUGUAUCUCUCAUGCAGAAAUUUGGACUGGUGUGCGAGAAAAACAUUACAAUGGGUGGUGAACGUAUUUUCUAAGUUCUUUUGCGCUUGAAGCCAAAAUGAAUAGAUGCCACUCAAACUAACAAUUACGGGAUUCACGCAGUUUCAAUCUUUCAUGACUUUGGUCGCUAUCUACCUGACGAUCUUUUCCAGCGUGGAAUAACUAAGUUCAUUGAGAGAUUCCAAGUAAAAGACGAUGAGCCUACAUUAUCUUAUGAGCACGUGGAAUUGGGUAUCGAUGAACUUCAUCACAUGGUUUUGAGUGUAGCCUCAAUCAAGCAUCGUUGUAUGUUUAAGACAACAAUCAUCAGACGAAAAAUCUUCAAUGCCGCUCAGCUUACCCAGGAAGAUGAACCAUCGCCGAUAGUAUGUAAGAAGGUGUUGAUAUUCCUCGAAACAGAACUAAAGUUAUUUUGUCAGAGCGGUGCAAGGGGCGUGGAAUUAACAAGGUACAUUGCUUGCGAUUGUAGGAACGCUCACAUGCAUAUUGUGCGCCAAUUUGACAUGGAUGUGUUGCCAUGUGGAAGCAAUGGAAUGGAAGUGACGUGCUACUGCCGACUAUUUGAAGAUGACGUGCAACAACAAGUCCAGCGCUGUCGGAGAGGUUUUGAUGCUCGUAUAGGCACAAGGGCUAGAAAAAUGAAAAACAGACUUUUUUUCCCACGACCGGCAGCACACAAGGUAAAACAAGGCUUUGUGGAUGACGUCACCAUUGUGACAGUUUCUGACGAUUUAAAUAUCAGCUGGAGAAGGUUUGGUGUCCGUUUGGGACUUAAGUGGUCGAAAGUGAACAAGUUCAAUGCUGAUGAUACGCAGACUUAUAAGGCUGCCAAAAAUAUGAUGAAUGACUGGAGGAGCAGCCUCAGUAACGAUAUUCAUCAACGUAAAGUGUUGUGCACUGCUCUGAAACAACAUAAGCUCAGUCAACUAGCUGAAGAAUUGUUUGAGGGUGAAAUUCGCGAUGAAAAUCUUGUUACGCGAGAAGCAGAAAAAUGGUUUAAUGAUCAAGAUUUGCUGUUUAUCUGUGACAAUUUGGAUCCCGAAUCAUGGAGGAGACUGCGAGUGCGUCUUGGACUCAAAUGGACCGAUAUAAAAAAGAUAACAAAAAACUACAGACUGGUCGAAGACUGCAUCGUGGAAUUGUUGGUUACUUGGAGGGAUGACCAAUCAAAGAGCCAACAAAUACCAAUCAUGGUGAACACUUUGAGGCAACAGAAGCUUGUUGGACUUGCACAAAGUGUACGUGAAAGGCAUGGCUAUAGUGACGAGUCAGAAGUUGCACCAAUUCAUAUAAAUCUGCCUGAAAUUCCAACACCAAUGCAAGGUUGCUUAGUUGAUAUUGACAUAGUAUUUAUCGCUAAUAAACUUGAUGGCAAAGAUUUGACAAUUUUCGGCAUCUACCUUGCUAUGGAGAAACAUGAAAUAAAUCGAAUUGAGUCAGACUUUUCACCACCAAUUGUAGACGCCUAUAUUGAAAUGUUGGUACAGUGGCGAAGUAGACAGGAAGCUGAAGUAAAUCAUCUCAAAUCAAUUAGUGAAGCACUGAACAAAGUUGAACGAAUAAAUAUAAAGAAAGAAAUUGAGUUAUACUGCCAUGAAAGAUGUGGAAAAUUGAAGUAAAGGUGUAAAGGAACAUUUUAAAGAUAACAGUGCAAUAAAAAAUAACACCAGAAUAUAUAUUACCAUGGUUACAUACACCACAGUAGGCCUAACACGUUAGGACACUUUUUAAUUAAGAAAUUA